GUUUAUCUUCUCCAUUAUCCCUGAAAAUUGGUACCAUGUAUAUGUACAUUUACAGGUGUCAGCACCUAUAAUUUUGACACCCUGUAGCGUCAUCGAACGAUGUUUCGGGACACAAGUUCCUGUCCACAUUUUAUCCCUCGUGAACAGCUGUGCCUGGUAGUGAAUUUCUAACUUAAAUUUUCAAUUUCUCACAUGAAAUACCUUUGUCUAGAAUUGACAUUAUGAUACGAAGUUUGUUUGAUCAUACAUAGGAGUGGAAAGAGUUAAACUGGUGCAAACUUGCAGAAUUUAUGCACAUUUAAUGAGCCUAUUGUUCAUCAUCUGAGGUGAGGAGUGUGCCAUGGUAAUACAGUUGGUAUGUUCUGCUAGAAAUCCUAGGUAAUUGGAUUUGAUACCCGAUCGUUUUCUGCCGAUUUUGACAAGAGAGAUUUGUUAUUGUGAAAAACACCAAGUUAUACUGUGGUCCAAGGUCCACGUAAAAGAUAGCUAUCCUGUAACUGGCUUGGUAGGUCAGUUCAAAAAUCAUAGGAAGGCACGGUUACACCAUCUCAGACAGGAUUACUCCUAUUAAAGCACUUUGGCAUUCAAACCAACAAUCGAUGAGGACAGCUUUCCUGUUUGGUGAACAAAAACGCAGUUCUUGAAUUUCAGUGUUUCUCUCUUUCUGAUUCUGUUUGCAGUUGCAGCUUAUGGGUUGAGGCGAUACAGAACACUCUUCAAAUUAUGCAUGGUACGAAGUACUUUCCAAACCCUCCGUGCAGGCACACUGAUAGAGGGGUCGUCCUGGGUACGACGUUAAACUGCCCCCCAACCCAAGGUGUGGUGCGACCCGUGCCGAGGGGUGCGUGGCACAGGGGAGCUGUGCCUCGAACGGGGCCUCUGGGAUACCGGGCGCCCUCCCAGAGUAUCCAGCCUAGCCCGGGCAAGCGGGGCUCUGUCCGGGUGGUCCACACUUUCCUCAGCUUCUCGUGGGAUCAUAGAGAAAAAAACUGAAAUUAGCUCCGAGCGAGCAGAUGCCGAAGAUUCCAGGGGACCUCUCUGUGAGGCGACCCGGGAUUCAGAACAGACUGAAUGCGAACUAGGCACCAGGGGACCUCGAGGUGAGGUGACCCCGGGCCUCGUAGGUGAUAAAGGUGCAGUUGCAGAGGGAGAUUCUUCUAAACUCGCAACAGGAGGGACCUCGGCUGCCGUACCUGGUGCUGGGGAAACCGACAAAUCCGAAAACAGCUCUGAAAGAGCAGUCCGGAGAAGGGACAACAGUGCUGCAGAGGGGGGGAGCUCGAACCUCGCAGAAAAAUCGGUGCCAGGUGUGUCUGCCAUAGAGACUGUAAAUAUGCCUUCGACAGAGAAGUCUGCGAAUGUUUCUGGGGAACGACACAUUACUGAGGUUGCGAAGAUGGAGAAAAUGGAAGUAUUGGGAGAUGAGAAUUCUGAGGGAAUGAAAGAACUGGAAGAGGAACAAGAGUGUGAGGCAACAUGGGAGAGAGUAGUACCCAAAACUGUACCAAAGGAAUGGAAACCAGAGGAAGACAUCCAAAGUCCUGAAAUAAGUUAUGGCAAUAUUAAAAAAUUAAAAACUAAUGCUGACAAUGGGGAAGCACCUGUUCAGCAAAAACACAACUUGAAAGAAGUGGAGUCAGGUUAUAUUAUUAAUGCUGACAACUCUAUAACUGAAGAGGUCAACAAAAAUGGAACUGGAGAUUCGGAGGAAAGAGACACGUCUGAACUUUUUGUAGAAGAGGCAAUGGAUACAUCAGGACAAGCUGAGAAUUCUGGAGGGAUGGGAGAAGAACAGAAAGAGGAACAAAAUGGUGAGGUUCCUGAAGAGGAAGAUCAAUCUGACGCAUCUAUGAGGAUGGAAACUGAAGUAGCGGAAACAGAUGUCAGCCAAAAGCAACUCAAAAAGAAGCGUAUGUCAGGUGCACAGAAGCGAAAAAUGAGAAUAAUGGAAGCCUUGUUGGUAGGGGGGAGAGUGCUAUCUAAAGCUGAACGAAAGAAAUGGAAACUGGUAGAAGAAACCCAAAAGUCUGAAACAAGUAAUAAAGUUGCCAAAAACAAGAAAACUGUCACUGAUAGUAAGGGAGUAGAUAAAAAAUUGGAAAGGAACACCGAUGAAGUUAGGCAAAAACGCAAAUUGAAAGAAGCGAAUUUGGAUGAUACCACAACUACCAGUGAAUCUGACACGAUGAGUCUGGCUGUCGUGCCCAAGGGCUUUCCAGACAUCAAGAUGACAGAGGAACAGGCAGAGAUGCUGGGAACUGCACUUGUGGAGAGGAUUAAUCCGUCAGACAAGGGAGAACCAAUCCAGUUUUCUGCCAUGCAGUACGAGAAUGGGGGCUUAGCAUUCACUUGCGCCAACAGGACGACUAAAGCGUGGCUAUGCAGUACUGUACCAAAGAUCGACCCGUGGCCGGGUGCCAAGUUGGAAGUCGCACAGGCGGAGACCACAUUGAAGGGUACCAAGUUUGUACUGUGGGUGAUAAAGGGGAUGAAUAAGAGAAGUAACCAGCAGAUUCUGGACUUUGUUCAGAAGCAAAAUGUAGACAUCUCCACUACCGAGUGGAAAAUCAUCAAGAGAGUAACAGAGACAGACAAAAGGAUACGGCUGACUCUUUGGGUUGAUGACAAAUCUUCUGAGGACUUGAAGGCACGCAAUUUCAAAGUAUUCCUCGGUAUAACUCGAGCUAGAUUCAUGCGGAUGUCAGAAUGGAAGAAGCUGAUGGAAAACGUCAGUUCAAAGAAGCAGGGUAAGAUGCAGCCUGCAGACCAGAAUCAGUCGCGACUGCCUGCGAAUUACGAACCACACCGACCUGUCGUGAAGAAGUCCUCAAUUAAAAAUUCUUCACAUACUCGGGUACCCAUUUCGGGUCCUAAUACUCUGCAUCAGUCUUGGGAACCUGAGCACACAGACCUAAAUCGAGUCUCAGAACAGACCCACGAUCGUGGUUUUGAAAGAUCAGAAAGAUUACGAUCACGAGGAGGAGAUAGAACACAACACAAGGAGCCCAGAUACACCACGGAACAAACUGAGGAAGAAAGGUUCACAACUUCAGACCGUCGAGAGCCUCGUGCUUCAAGCAACAGAGACCUUCCUGCUUCGGGGGGUCGGGAGCGUCGUGCUUCGGGGGGUCGGGAGCGUCGUGCUUCGGGGAGUCGGGAGCGUAGUGCUUCGAGCAGUCAGGAGCGUAGUGUUUCGAGCAGUCGGGAGCGUAGUGUUUCGAGCAGUCGGGAGCGUAGUGCUUCGAGCAGUCGGGAGCGUCGUUCUUUGAGCAGUCGGGAGCGUCGUUCUUUGAGCAGUCGGGAGCGUCGUUCUUUGAGCAGUCGGGAGCGUCUUUCUUUGAGCAGUCGGGAGCGUCGUUCUUUGAGCAGUCGGGAGCGUCGUUCUUUGAGCAGUCGGGAGCGUCGUUCUUUGAGCAGUCGGGAGCGUCGUUCUUUGAGCAGUCGGGAGCGUCGUUCUUUGAGCAGUCGGGAGCGUCGUUCUUUGAGCAGUCGGGAGCAUCAUGGUUCUCGCUGUCGGAAACAUCGUGGUUCUCGCUGCCGGAAGCGUCGUGCUUCAGACCUCCGGGAUCGUCGUGCUUCGGACCUCCGGGAGCUUCUGGCCUCGCUGCGCCGCAAGCGCGAGUAUCGGGCCUCGCUGCAUCCUGAGCGUGGAUAUCGGGCUUCAACACACCGGGAGCCUAGUGCUUCACCCCUUCGAGAGUUGAUAGAGACAGAUUACGGAAUCCCAGAUCCUCCGCAGCUAAGUGAGAUUAGGUAUACUGUUUCAGAUCUGGCAUCAUCUCACAGUUCAAGAUACUUCUCGUCGCACCAGGAUCAAUGUGAGAACCAAAGGUUCAUAGGCUCAGUUCUGUCACCAUCCUGUGUCUCUAGAAUCAGUGACCUGGAAAAGUCUCUGUUAUUGUCUGAUCUCGAAUCUACAGUCCUGACUUCACAACGGCCGCGUAAACGUGGGGUUAGCACUUCAGAACUGUCACAGUCACGAGAAGCUAGUUACAUUGUAUCAGACCGUGCACAGCGUAGGGAGCCUAUAUACACCUCAGAUGAAGCCGAAGAAGACGAGUACUUUACUGCAGAUCGCAGGCAGUCAUUUAAGACAUGUUACGAAGCCCCAGAUCCUCCUCUGAUUAGUGAGACGAGUUACACGGGUUCAGAUCGGACACAGUCUCGCGAUUCCAGGCACUUGUCUCCCAACCAGAAGAUGCCUAAGGACCGAAGGUCCAGAGGCUCAGGUAAAUCGUCACCCUGUCUCUCUAGAUUCGGCAAAUUGGAUGAGCCUGCUGCAGAAACUGUCUUACUACGGAGUGUCAUAUCUAGAUAUCUGGAUUCAGAGCAGCCCCACGAGCACGGGUCUGUCACAACAGAACUAUCACAUUUGCAAGAUGUCAGGUCUGCCAUAUCGGACCGAGCGCAGGAAAACAGGUACCUCACUUCGGACCUUCGACAGCGUCUCGAGACAGGUCCUAGGGCUCCAGAUCCCCCUCAGAUCCGUGGGUUGAGGUAUAAGGCUUCAGAUCUGGCACCAUCUCUUAAUUCCAAAUAUGUGACUCCAAACCGGGAUAAACCUGAGAGCCCAGCAUUCAGAGGUUCGGGUCGACCACUGUCCCGUGUCUUCAGAUUCAGUGACCUAGACGAAUCUCUUACAGAAUCUGCAAUAGAUGUCGAAUCUGAAUUCCUGCCUUCACAGCAGCUACCUGAGCGUGUGUUCAGCACACCGGGAAGGUCACAGUCGCGAAAAGCUAGUUACGUCAUAUCGGAUCUCGCACAGCGUAGGUAGCCUGUACGCACCUUGGAUCGAACACAGGAAAACGAGUACUUUACUUCAGGUCACAAACUGUCUUUUGAGACAGGUUACAGAUCCCCAGAUCCUCCUCAGCUUAGUGAGAUGAUGUAUACCGCUUCAGAUCGUGUGCUGUCUCUCGAUUCCAAAUCGUCAACUCCGAACCGAGAUGGGUCUCGUGGCUCCAGGUACGUGGCUCCAAAGCAGAAUCAGUCCGAUAACCCGAGGUUGAGAAGCACAAAUAAACUGUCGUCUCGUGUCUCUAGAUUCAGCAAAGUGUAGGAGCCUCCUACAGAAAUUUCCAUAGUACAGAAUGUCACGUCUACGUUCUCGGCUUCAGAACAGCCUCGUGAGCGUAGGUUCGUCACGUCGGAACAGUCACAGUUGCUUGACACUGGUUCCAUCGUAUCAGACCGAGCACAGAGAGGUUCGGAUCGACCUACACCGCGUGACUCCAGAUUCAGAAACUUCGACAAGCUGGCUUUCCAGGAACUGAAGUUAAGAGGUUCAGAUCACAUUCAGGCCAGAAAAGGUAGAUUUAUGGAAUGAGGUGUUCUGUACUCUCUCGAAUCUGGAUCCAAAUUGUCAGAUCCCCAGAAGUUCAGAGAACUUGAUAAAACAGUUUUUGGCGUGCCACGUUACAGAAAAACCAGAUUUUCAGGUCCAGAUUUUUCAUCCGAGCAGUAGAGGUUAUCUUACACAUGCAGAUAGUGGCUUUAGUUUGCAGUAUCUAACAUUCCAAAUUGUGGGGGCCGUUUGUUGAAUAAUAUUAAAAUCAUUUUAGUGUUAAGUUAUAUGCACUGUCUAGCACUGGGCUUACACAUAAAUUUUCAUGAGCAUCAAAUUUACCUAUGCUGUAAAAUUGUUAGAAAUGAACUUUGAAUUCAAUUUGGAAUUGUUUUGUUUCACAUGAGUUCCUGUUGGUGAGUUACUUAUGCACAGGCCUGUCCAUUUGUUUGCUGUUAAUUGCAAAUGCCUUUAAACAGGUUAAUGACAUGUUUUAUGCUAUAUUCAUCAGAAACAUUUGUAUGUGUAACUCAUUUUGUUGCCGGUUUGUGUAGUUUAAAGAAAGGAGUAAAUUUAAGGAAGUAUGUUACAUUUUGUACACACUGAGUGAGAAGAGUGACAUAUGGUCACCACCACCGUCGUCGUCAUUGUCAACCUUUAAUAUUGAGUUCGAUGUUAAGAUCUUUUUUUUUUUUUUAAAGAAAAUAGCUUAGACUGACUGUGGUUACAAGACGUUUGUGUAUGUAUUUUCUUCGUGUGAACAUUUUUGUCGUUCAAAAAUAUGUACUUUGCAAUUUUUUAUGUCACAUUAAAUUACGAAAGAAGUGUUUAUGAAUAAAUAACAAAUGUCAAAUAAAAAAUUUAUCACUGUGUUCUUUCUUAAA